AAGAAUACAACUGAUUUUUAAGAUACUUAAGGAUGAUUGUGAUGCACAUUUUCAAGCUUAUUUUUCACAGAGCUACAGCUGUAGAGAUAACUGCAUUUCCAAGUGACAAAGUUUUUCAUUUUUGCAAAAAGUUUGGUGCAAAAAACUUCUACUGAGAAACCUAAAAUGAAAAAUAAGGUUAUUGAAAAGAUGCCCAUUCUAAAUGUUCCGUUUUAAAAAUAACCUUAGUAUGACUGUGAAAGUCAUUAUGUAUGUCAUUAACAAGUGUCACCUUUUUUUCUUUUUAAAGAAGUGCACAUUCAAGCCUUUACAAAUAUACUUAAGUGAUUUAUGUAGUAGAUAUUAGGGCUUUUGGAAAGGUAGAGAUUUCACCUCUGUGUCUCUCUGGAGUCCCUCCAUGGGUCUUCAAAUGAAGACUUGAGACACUCCUUUUCCUCAAAUUCCAUGAGCACCAAGAUAAAUGUGCUUCACACUGAUGUUACCAGCAAACUGACAGUGAUUUCUCACAUCAUAUUUGGCUCAAUUCCUUCCUACACAUUAAUAAUAAUAAAGGUCCCCCCAGCUUCAGAAAAUUUGAGAAUAAGAAGUUUGAAAAUCCUUCAACAGAAACCUUCUAACAAUGCGCAAACAGGCCUCUAGUGCCAUGACUAAUUAAAAUACCCAACAUCUGACACAACUCUUUACACUAAUUGGUACAUCUGGUCCUGAACCUUGUUUAUGAAAUAGGUUCAAUUAGAAGUUGAGGUGCCACACUUCCUUACCCAGAUGAUGUGCUCUUUAAUUGUACUACAAUGAAAUCAUGCCUGAGUAUCCCCUGCCUCAGCAGUCAGCCUUUAUACCGAAUAGGUUAAAGCACAGGUGUUGACAUUUUGUGAUUCACAGAAGGCAAAUCAGUUUCACAAACUUCUAGUGGUUACGACUGUGUUAAUACAGAUGAGCCAAAAGAACAGACUGUUUAAGCCAGUGAGACGCAAUAUGACAUUACUUGCGUUUCUCCUGGGGCUGGAUGGCAAUCCCUAAAAUAAAUUAGAGCAUGAGUCUUAAAAACAAAAGUGGAUUCCCAGGCAAUGACAAAUUUUGAGUGAAGCACACCAGCUGGCAUCGUGCGCUCAGCCUCAGACUGCAGUGUAACACUCACAGCCCUGACAAACCGGCUGGACACAAGUAUCUUCCUCAUCUUUCUUCCAUGACUUGAACCACACCAAGACAGAACUAGGAAUAAACGCUUUCCUAGUCCCGAGGGCUAAUGCCAAGGGGAAAUGCUGCUGAGACAGAGAGGAGAGGCCAACAGGGAGCACAGGGAAGGCUGCGCUCCUUCAAGCCCGCGAUGCUGCCCAAGCCCUGUAGCACUGUGGCUCCUGGAAGGCAGGGGGCUCCGGGCACCUGCAGGACUGCAAGUCGGGAGAUGUUCGCCUGUUAAAACUGGGCAAAUCAAGCUACUUUUUUCCUCAGCGGCUCCUUAUUCCUUGUAAGGAAAUGAGAGAAGCGCUGACCGACAGGCACGCGAGGCGCAAGGAUGGCGACGCCCGUCUCGAGCCGCGGCAGCAGCUCCCGCUCACCAGCGCGUGAGGGGAUGCGGCUGAGAGGAAGGGCGGCUCAGGGGCCGAGCUUCUCCUCACAGGCACCCCGGUGGCUCCCAGCACGGGGCAGCUAGCAGUCACAGCUUUCCCUACGCCUAGUCGCCGCUGUACCAGCUCUGCUUCGCCGCAGACACACCGGAAUAACCCCCAGCAAGCGCUCCCCGCGAUUAACCCCUCGGAGCCACAGCAACCACCGCCCCUUCCACAGGCACUAACCCACCUCCUCUAACCGGAGGCUGCGCAGCUGCCUGCUGAGGCGGAGUGUCAUUAGCCCGGGACCACCUUCUCGUCGCUCUCAUUGGCGGCAUGACAUGAAUUUGCCUUGUGAUUGGCUCAGACUCUUUUCGAUCUGUCCGCAAGGCGGCUUCCCAUUGGCUGCCUGCAGGGGAGGUGAGGGUGUUGUGUUUGAAUCGCGGAGAGACGGUGGGUGGGUGGCUGUAGCUUGCCACGUUGCCGCCGGUAGCUUCGCGCAGCCCGACCAGAAGGGGGAGAGGUUCGGCAAAGUCCGGAAGCGCUCGGCAAUGGCCGGAGGCGGCUUUUAAAGGAGAGGAGCGGCUGCCGGCUUGCCCUGCCUCGCCGUCGCUCGGCGUGAGGGGACUCGUUCGCGUGGGCGCUGCCGUGUCGUCCUCCCGCCGCCCCGCGAAGGGAAGGGGCGCGAUGCUGGCCGACAGCCUGGUGGAGGAGUUCGAGAUCCGCGAGGAUGAGCCCUGGUACGACCAGCAGGACCUGCAGCAAGAUCUUCACCUUGCUGCUGAGCUUGGGAAGACACUACUGGACCGUAACACUGAACUAGAAGAAUCUUUACAACAAAUGUAUGCAACAAAUCAAGAGCAACUGCAGGAGAUAGAGUACCUCACAAAGCAAGUGGAGCUCCUGCGUCAGAUGAAUGAUCAGCAUGCAAAAGUCUAUGAACAGCUGGAUGUGACAGCGAGAGAACUAGAAGACACUAAUCAAAAACUAGUUGCGGAGAGCAGAGCUUCACAACAGAAGAUAUUAAGCUUGACAGAGACUAUUGAAAAUCUGCAAACACACAUAGAUGACCUGCAGCGACAAGUAGAAGAACUGAAGAAGUCUGGACGAGGUCGGAUGAGCCAUGAGAGAUCUGACCAGCCAAGAUCAAUGCACAGUUUCUCUUGUUUGAAGGAGCUGUAUGACCUUCGCCAGUACUUUGUUUAUGAUCACGUGUUUGCAGAAAAGAUUACCUCAAUGGACAGUCAGCUAAGUCCUCUAGAAGAAGAAAAUGAGAACCUCAAAAAGGCAGUUACAGUUCUGCAAGCCCAACUUAACCUAGAAAAAGAGAAGAGGAUAAGAAUGGAAGAGGAAUAUAGUCUUAUGGUAAAAGAAAACUGUGACCUCGAACAGAGGCUUGUUGAUACAGACUUAUAUCGGGCUCGGGCAGAGGAGUUAGAAGUGGAAGUGGCUGAAAUGCGACAGAUACUUCAGUCUGAAAACACAUUCCAUAAUGCAGAGAAAUUGGUGCCAGAAUCCUUUUUCAUUUCAUUCAAGGAAUCUUUAGAAAGGGAGCUUGGUCAGAGCCCGGCAGACGAUGGACUUCUGACUGUAUCGGAGCUCGAGAAGAAGGCGCUGAAACGGAGCAGCAGUGAAACUUUCCUAAGCAGCGCUGCAGGGGGAGACAUUCUAAGGGGCCACGAAGAAACCUGCAUUAGGAGAGCUGAAGCUGUGAAGCAGCGAGGAAUCUCUGUGCUUAAUGAAGUCGACGCUCAGUAUAACGCUCUGAAAGUGAAGUAUGAGGAGCUGUUGAAGAAGUGUCAAAUGGACGAAGAUUCUUUGAAACACAAGGCUGUACAAACGCUGAAGCAGUAUGCCAAAGACCUAGAUAUGGGGAAUACCCAGUGUGAUCUUGCAGCUAACACUGAAGAAUGCACUAAUGUGGAGCUAAGUGACUCUCCAACAAAUCCUCCUCCUGAAUAUAAAGCACUCUUCAAGGAAAUUUUUAGCUGUAUCAGAAAAACAAAAGAAGAAAUAGAUGAACACAGAGCUAAGUACAAGUCCCUCUUCUCUCAGCCAUAACAUUGGACACACUGAUUACCCAUUUUCGGUUGAUGACUGUUAGUCAAGAAGGGGAAAAACUUCACACAAAUGGCAGAAGCCCCCGAUAUGGAUGUAUUUCUUGAGCACUCAGAACGAAUGUUUUUAAUUGGCUUGUAGACCUAUAGUUAACAAGCUACUUAGUUACCCACUAGUUUCCCUAUACCUAUGUAGUAAUAGAUUUAAUGUUGUUUAGCACUGUCACACAAACUAGUGGUUGUAAAGCAAAUAAACAUCAGAGCUGGACUGUUACUUUACACCACACUUAAUCUCCGGCCAGAGCGGUAACUGACACUAGUUUCCUUAGUCCGCUUCAGAAAUAACAGCGCUAAGAAAUCUGUGCUGUGCUUCUCAAAGGAAUCAGACUAGAGCUUUCCUUUGGUUGGCAGGUGAUGCUCUAGCCCUGUAACUUCAUCUGUGUAGAAGAUGAACAAAAACAAAGCCCCUGACCAGCUUGAUUCUGGAGAAUGAAGGCAGCUGUCUAGCUGAGCUUGCUUUGGCAGGGAGCGGAGAGCUGGCACAGCAGCUUGCACUGUGCUUGGGUUAAGCUAAAACCAUGUUUUUACGUGUACUGAACUCUCCCACAGAUUUAUAUAGAUGUCUGCCUACUAAGAAAGGAUUUGAUGUAAAGUUUGUGUGGCUUUCUAGGUAUGGUUUUGUACGUAGGGCACUUUGUCUUAAGGCAAGAUACUGUGAAUUGACUAUGUAUGUUAUUUGGGACCUACUGUUCUUUGGUGGAAUGUCUGCAAAGUACAUUUGUAUGUGUAUUUGGUAAGAAGAUAGAAAGUUGCGGUGUAGCUAUUUAACUUUAGUGGUAGCAUUGACGUAGUGGAAUAGCUUUUAGUCUUACAUACCACGAAGUCCAAGUGCUUGAAGGAGAUGGGCCUGGUAAAACCUUAUCAUACUGGUUUGGCUGUUGAUUCCAGUAUCAGCCUGAGUGUCCAUGCUGCCUGGGGGUGGGUGGAUGGACACAACGGUGCCAGAAUGGAUCCUACCGAAAACAAGGCACCACGCUCGUGUUCUUCCUCUCCUUCUCCACUCCCUAGUCAUUAUUUAAAUUCUGAAAAGCAAAGAAUGUGGAUUAAAAUGUUCUUUAAAACUGCUUCAAAGUGUGAAGAACACAAAGCCUAAGAGGUGGCGUGGGGGGAAGGUGCAACGAGAGGUGAUGUCCUUUUCCUCACAAAGGGUCUCAGAGCUUAAAAUGGUCAGUGGUUCUCGGGAAUCAGCUUACUGCCUGUUGGAGCUGCUGUUAUACCAAAGGGCUGACACAGAAUGUCGACAAUUUCUCAGCUUUAGCUCAGCUGCUGCUGUUGCAGGUCUGUCUGCCUUACGUUGUACCCUGCCGAGUUGGUGUACAGCUGUCCUUCAGUUGCAGUAUAAGACGUAAUAUUGUGAGAGUUUCUCUAAAACAUGUAUUGCAUUCUGAAAGUUAUUUAAGAAUGGGAAUCUGAAUCUUGUGAAUAUUUUUUCUAAGCAAAUAAAUAAUCCAGUCAAGCUACAUGUGUAACUAGUAGUUGUUAUGCCCAUUUGUGCUAAGCAGGAAACAGUCAACAGCGCAGAUGGCACCUCUGUUAUCUAGUCUUGCCAUCUUUCCUGCACAGCUUAGAUGGAGUUCCCAUUAAAUUUGCAUUUUUAAAAGUUACACUAAAUAGAAAAGGAUAUGCCAGUUUGGGAUAGGAAUCCAGAGGGAACUCUCUCUUCCUGGUUGUGGUGUUUGUCAGUGCUGUUCAACAAGGAGGGGGACACAAACAAGGCAGAAAAGCUGCUGUUGUGCCAUCAGGUUAACUGUGUGGUCACAGUUUCCCCAACACUUGUAUCCUCAUCACCUGGAGCUCUGCCCCAAUUCAGAUACUGGAAAGCAGUAACCUUGCGUGAGAAAAGCACGACACUGGUAGUCACAAAUGAUCUACUACUAAUAGUCCACACCACUUUAGGGGAAGGGCAACCCACACUGCUGGACCAGAAGACAUGUAAAAAAAGCACCUCAGAAUCUUUGGUGACAUGGGUGAUCUUUAUGGUGUUUUACAUAUACAAUUUUUAUGCUUUAAAAGUAUGAAAAAUGUUCUUAGAUUUCCACAGAACUAAUUGAUUGUUCUGUAAUGUCACGUCCCCUCGACUACCUGUGCCAUUGCUAAGUGCUGGCUGUACUGUACUUUGAAUUGUACAUAUUGUGCAAUAAAAAGCUCCAUGGCUGGGUUCUUCUUUCCUACCUUCUCUCACACUGUGGCUUUCCCAGGGAGAAGCUUCCCAGAUGCAGCCAUAGGCGACACUACGGCAGCAGGGCUGUGUCAGGGACCAGGACAAAGGCUGCAAAAGCUGCCUGAACUUAAACCACCUCCCAAUCAUACUUCUGUAGUUAGUUAAUAAACUGCACUAGAUUAUUAAUUAAGGUAGAGUUUUAGCAGUUUAAAAAUAGGUAUUUUCCACAGAAAUGUGAAAUGCCGUAAGUAUGGUAACAAUAUUCUUAGCCAGUCUUAUCUGGAUUAACUACCUUAAUCUGCUUAUUUUAGUCAACAACUCAGCCUUUUCUGAGCAUUAAGUAGAUGAAAUUAAUAGAAUCGCCCUGAGCUCCUCAUGUGAUGGAAAUUAUAGCAACGAGCACAAACAGUAAAGUAACCAUGUUCUACAACACUUACUUACAGUGAGAUAUUCCUUAUCUUAGUGCAGCUAAGCUUCCGUGAUAAACCUGUAACAAAGAGAUCAGUUACUGUACCUUGUGCCACAGGCCCUGAGCCAGCUCCCUCUGGUACUCCUGAAGAACACGAUGUGAGCAGAAUGAUGUAAAGCAGUUUACUAUCUACCUCGGAGCCCUACUAAAACAUUCCUCACAUUUCCUUCCUCUGGAAGCCCUCAGGCUAUAAAAGGAGUAGGUGCAGCUUCCACUUCUUCUUGGACAAAUACAAGGCGGGGUAGAAUUGACCUUCAAGAUAAAAUUUUAUUAAAAACAUUACACAAAAUAGAGGUUUUACACUGUUGCCAUGUGAUAACUACAGCUGGAUGCUUUCCAGAGGUUGCACUCAGUUACUUACCUUGCUGCAUUUGCAUACAGUAAUGCAAAAAAUCCCUCAAACAAACCCCACACCAAUAAAAGAAAUCCCAUAGUUGUUCCACAUCUGUUUCAAAGGGAGGUACGUUCCAAAUAACUCAUUUCACAGACAAGAGGUGAGAACAGUUGCUAUGGAGUACAGAGAUUUUGUUCCGUGCUCCCUGUCCUGGCAUUUCCAUGAAUAUGACGAUCAAGGGCUGUAAGGGCUACUACACUGCUCAGACCAGAGUGUGAGCAUCUAGAUAUUUAACAAAAACUGGGAUGUUUGUAAACAAAUUAAUUUAUUGGCAUUACUUACAAAAUAAAGUAUUAGACCAUGAUUUUCCAUCA